UGUAUUGACCCCCCUUUUUUUUUAUUUAUUUUUAUUUUUAUUUUAUUUUAUUUUAUUUUAUUUUUUUUUUGUUGAUAUACUGUGUUAAAAAGAAAUGCCAAAAUUUUCGAAAACACCGAAGGCACUUUCGAGAAAUGCCACGAGGAAGCCGAAACGUCCGACCACGCUUGUUCUUGAGAACCGCGACCCGGGAAUUAUAAGUUAUCCACAAAAUACUUGGGCAAUACUUAAACCAGUGAACAACUUGGAUAGUUUACAUUUACCUUAUAUCUUUCUUACCGAAACUUUUAACUGUCUCGGCAAAUUCCCUGAUAGUGCUCCAACUCACCAUCAACUACCAAUUGACCCACACAUAAACGAUAGUCAUUGCCUUAUAAGAAUUGAAAAUUUUACUGAUUCUACUGACGUAACAUCAACAAAGAUUAUUCUUGAAGAUAUUAGCAACUCGGGUACGAUGGUAGAUGGAGUCUUAAUAAAACGUGACGAUAAACAUUCUUCUACUGCAGUGAUUAGAAACCGUUCUGAGAUAUCAUUUCCCGGGUCAAGAGUAGCAAGUGGUCUUUACACUUAUGAACUUGACGUUGUUAAUCUCAGGACUAAUGGAAAAUUUGAUAAAGUAUAUAGGCUUGGUCGUUUACUUGGAAGAGGUCAUUUUUCCUCUGUUCACAUUGCGAAACGUUUAUGUGACGGAAGCAAUUAUGCGGUUAAAGUAUUAGAAAAACCCAAAUUUAGUAAAGAAGUUCAAACACAGAUUAAGAUGAUUCAAUCUGAAAUUCAAAUAUUAAAUGGUUUAGCACAUGAGAACUUGAUAAAGAUCUUUGAAUAUUUUGAUGAACCCGAAAAGAUCUAUCUUGUUAUUGAAUAUGUAGAGGAUGGAGAAUUCUUCGAUCUAUUCAAAAGUCGAUUAUUGUCUGAAGAAGAAAUUCGUAUGGUUUUUGUGCAAUUAUUAAGUGCGAUCAAGUAUCUUCACGAUCGAAAAAUCGUUCAUCGGGAUUUAAAACCUGAAAAUAUUUUAAUGCCAAGCAAAAAAGGGUUAAGAAUUAAAGUGUCUGAUUUUGGCCUAUCAAAAUUGCUUAAUAUAGACUACUCUACUAUGCAAACCAGAUGUGGAACCAUCUUAUAUGUUGCUCCCGAAGUUCUCGAAUCGAGCAAUAAACGAUCGUAUAACAAAGCUGUUGAUAUGUGGAGUACUGGUGUGAUCUUAUAUGCUUGUUUAAGUGGAAGUUAUCCUUUCACUGGUGAUAGACAAGGUGAAAUAGCCGCAAAGAUCCGAGUUGGAAGAAUUUCUAUGGAUUCUCCGAGAUGGGAUAGAGUCAGUGAGACAGCCAAAGACCUUGUUCGUUCUUUGUUAAAUAAAGAUAGUUACGAAAGACUACCUGUCGAAGAAGCAUUAAAUCAUCCUUUCAUUAAGUAUGGAGGAUAUGUUCCUUUUCCACUCAGUUAUAGUAAAACCCAGAAAUCAAAACAAUCGGAUGAAAUCUCGACCGAUAAUGAUGUUUACUUCACUUGUAUGAGUCAAUUUUCAACAAGCGGAUAUAUUACUGCAUCGGAAACUAUUCGCUCGUCUAGAAGUUCCGAAAAUGAAAUAUCUUCACCAAGUGAAAGAAGUCUAUAGAAAAAAAAAAAAUUUUUUUUUCCUUUUAAUUGUUAAUUACAAAUUUCUAUUUCUACACCUGUCUAUAUUAUUUUAUUUUUCUCUGAAUAUUUGUGUGUGUGUGUUAUUUUGAUUAGAUUUUAAUUAGUUAUAAAUAAAAUAAAUAAAUAAAAAUGAAUUUCG